AUGGCGACCUCUCCAGCUGAAGGCGUCUCGAUACGAACGAUCCGAUUGAAAGUUCUAUACACCUUCGACUCUGAGCAGAAAAAUAAUCACCUUGCACGCUGGCCACAGCCCUUGGACGUGCAGACCGCCUUCAUCGAUGAAGUAAACCAGAUUGGUGUGGUCGACCUGCGAACGUGCUUGGAAGCUGUGACAACUGCUAGUCCCGAGCUUACGACCUUCACCGAGAUUGAUUACACGAUCUAUGCUUAUGACUAUUCGGAACCUGAUACACCUUUGGUGGGACAAGGCAUGCUGUCGAAAACCUUCAGCGGCCAACCUUCGAGCGCAGAUGUCGACGGCGAAACCAUGGUCACAGGCAGGAUCACCAAGAACGUGAUGGGCCUGUUCUCAAAGAACGCACAAGAGACUUUGGAGGUCAAACUCCGACUAACACCCGUCAGCACUUUUGGCCAGGCGAGAUAUCGUUCAGGAAGCGUCUGUUCACAAGAUGGAAUUAGACCCCAAUGGACCAACAGCGCAUCCUCGCAGUCAUUGCAGAGAUCGGCAUCACCGCUGGAUACCACAGGCUUGGAAACGAUGCAGCGAGUGCUGAGUGGUGAGAGUGCGGGAAUAGGCAGCAGACCUGGCACGCCCACAGGAAGCCAAACCUGCAACCCUGCUGCAAGAGGCCAGCAGUCCCGCCCCGGUUCACGCGCAGGCACACGUCAACCACCCCGCAGCAGACGUGACUCAUCCAACUCGGGAUACUACAGUGGUGAUGAGGUCGUCGACGAAGGUCCGGCAAGGAAGCGGGCCAAGACUACCAAGGUGGAUUGGCCUUCAAAAUCCAACCUGAAUAUCGAACGACAACCUGAAUCGCUUCGGGUGGCAGCGAGCAUUGCCUCAAGCGUUCGGCUCCAUCGCCCUGUCGCUGUAAAUCCCGCCACAGGUCUCCAGGCUGGUGCUCAAGGUGACGAACCAGUGCGACCGCCUACUCCUGUGCCUGCUGCGAAGACAGCCAAACCUCGUGGUAGACCCCGGAAGCACCCGCUUCCUAGCAAUCUGGCUCAAGGUCACCAGACCAGAGACUCAUCUCCGGCCCCAAGUUUGGCACUCCACUCCGAGCUUCUGUCUGUGCCCAUCGCUUCUCCAGAAGAUACACGAGCCCGAAGUAUUGAAAGCACACCUGCGAAUCUCCCCUCCUCACCACCUGUCAUGCCGGAAUUCACACAACCAGCGAUCACUAGCCCUGCACUUCCUCCUGUGCACAUAGGUCCAGAUCACGACUCUGGCUUCAUGAGUGGGAAUCUUGAGGAUAUGUUUGGAGAUGAUCAAUUGCUGCAGUUCGACGACUUCAUAUUAGACAAGCCCGACUUGCAAGCUGGGAAUGACUCUGGUCAAGAGCAGCAGUCUGGGCACCAGGAAGAGCAGUACCCUCCGGUCUUCGAAGACGGCAACGAUGGUGAAGAGUCGCAAGUCCCGAAGUCAUCGUACAACACCAUGCCACCACCUCUUCCCGUCACCUCAAAACCCUUGACAAGGGCACAGUCGUACACGCCAGCACCUGCCCCAAGAGUAAGUAUGUCGUCUCCACGAUUAGCUCCAGCACCUAUUCCUAGAGCUCGGCAAAUCCAGGAAGAACAGCGUGAUCAGCUACGGAAGAUCGCACCAGCACCAUCUAUGUUAAACAGUGAUCCAGCUCCCAGAACCUUGCAACGGGCGCAGACAUGGGCACCCGAUAGUGACAUACCUAUGUCUGACGCACCGACCGGCGAAGAGUCUAAAACCAAGACGGCUUCCAAGAAGAAAGUCGGUAAAGAAUUGACCAAGGCAAGACUCGAGAAUGCCAUCGCAAAUGGCCAGAUGCCUCCGUUUUGUGACAAUUGUGGGGCAAUAGAGACUCCGGCGUGGCGACGAGCUUUUGCAAAGAUCUUCAAAUCUGGCUGGGACGACAUCGAGACUUCAUUGAGCUAUGGUGAAUGCUGCUUCAAGGAACCUAUCGAUCACAAUGAAGACGGGACUGUGAAGACUUUCCGAGGCUUCAAAGUAGAGAAGCGGGCAGGAGAUGGCGAUGACUGGGUUGCAAUCACUUUAUGCAAUCCCUGUGGCUUGUGGUUCCAUAAGCAGAAGUGCCCUCGACCUGCUACCAAAUGGCAGAAAAAAGAUCCAAAUGCGAAGCGCAAGCGCAAGCGAAACCCUCCCAAGAACCCAGCAAAGGCGAAUGGUGACCCUCAUCCCAAGACCGAUGAUCAGAGCCCUCCUAGCGAUGACUCUUCUCCCGGUGACUCAGCUACCGAAGUUCCCGACACUGAAGAAAACGACGCUGAGGCGCAACCACCUGCAAAUGUCAACGUGGAAGAGGGCGAACCGCAGCUACCACCAAUGCCACAGCCUUUUCGAGCCAACAGUUCCGACCUCGGACCCAGAGGAUUACCACGCACGCGUCAUCAUACCUCUGGGAGAGAAGUUCAGUCAAGCCCUACCCGUGGGCACGGGUCAGAAGACGCCCCUAUCGAGGUAGAUCUGACACCCAAGCCUGUGCGAAGACAGCUCUUCCCAUCUCCCGACAAGAUGCGACUUUGCUCCGAUCCUGGUCCACAGAGAGAACCCUCCAUGAUCAAGAAUCCUCUGCUGGCGUUCGUACGAAGAAGUCCUAGACUUAAUAAGACCAGAGAUGUCUUUGCAGGACCGACAGCGAUCGUGGAAGUGGCAGUUGAUGGGAAGGAGAAUGUGGCCCCAGCUCCAGAAAUCGCAGAUGAUGGUCUUGCGGAUCUAUUCGAGGAUGACACGGCAGAUGUAGGACUUCCUCCUCCCAUGACGCCAACCCCAAAAAGACGAUCUGAGCGAAUACUGUUGAAGACACCUCAACGUCAAUUUGGUUCCCAGCUGUCUCCCAAUGCCGAACAACUCCCCUUUCUUCGGACGCCAAAGACUGGACUUGAGCAUCCCGCGCUGGCAGCCUUGCUCGGGUCUGCCCAGAAGAAUGUGCUCGAGAUGACGCCCAUAUCUCGCUCUAUCCACGAAGCUCUGACCAGUGACCAUCCCAUGGGGAUGAAGUUCAUGCCGACGGACUAUAUGACAUUGCGGAGUGGCGGAAGAAAAGACACACCUAAGAAGUCGAUCUCGUUUGACUUUCCCGACCUCCCCUCUCUCAAGAACUCUUCUCCCAUAUCUGGUAACCAGAUCGCCGACUUUGGCUUGUCAGAAUUGACAACUGAUCAACUGACCAGCGAUAUGGUUGAUCCAUUCGCCAACAGUGCAAUGCCUAGUUCGCCGCCUGUGGGGUUAUUCGGCUACUUUGACGGGGUCGAGAUGGGCGAGAGCGUCAAUGCCAUGUGGGACAAAUUCCUCGAUCCCAGCGGUGGCGAAUCAGCUGCAGAUUCGGCAUACCCAGAUCCAGAAGGAUUGGCUGUUGCAGACACUGGAGCUCAUGCUCUCCGAAGAAGCCCACGGCGCCAGAAGUAG